AAGAUGCUACAGCUUGCAUAAUAUUCGGAAGGAAAUUCUUCACCAUAAAGGCACGGAGACGGUGAACGGUCAGGAGCAGGGGAAAAGAAUGAAUUCUGAUGAUAUUUACGAAAAUCUUCCCUGUCACACCGAUGAGGCAUUGCGGAACGGGAACGGAACGUCAACUACCGGCAACAGAGUGUCGUCUGUGAUGAUGGAGGGAGGAGGAGGAGGAGGAGUAGCAGGAGGUCGGAAUCGACACACUGCCGAGGGUGACGAACACGGCGAAGGCAAGGUGCAAAAUAAUCUCGCCCUCAACAGCAAGGACAUGUUGUAUGCGACGCCGUUGAAAAAAUCCGAACGACCGGUAAAGGUGCUAAAUAAUGCACCAGCGAUGCAGAAUGGGAAUGGUGGUGGCGGUGGUGGCCGGCAGAACACGACCACGGCCAACACUGGCACCUUCAGCGGCGAAGCGGAGCGCGACACGAAGAUCAUCAAUGCCGAGCUGGAGGAUCGACGGAUACGGGACUUUCUGAAGGAUACGUCCCAAAUGCACAAGAAAAUCGAGCUUCACAAAACGUACCAAAGUUCGAACUUUUCCUACCUCGCGCGAAAGGAACACUUUGCCGAUCUGGUGCAGCGCAACGUGAACAGCAGCAAUGGGGCGGCGGCUGACCAUCACUACCCAGAGCCGGCUGGUGAUGGUGGGGAUGCUGCCGGGGACGAACCCGACUCAUCGGCGGCACUAGCAGUGGCGGCCGUUGGUGGGUACAAGACGCUGGCCGGCGAGGAAGAGGACAAAAACUUAGAUCUCGACAUCAAUGAAUCGCUGAACGAGUUGGAGGCGCGCUGCAAUGAAAAGCUCGAGAUGCUGGCCAAGCUAAACCGCACACGGUCGAGCACUGCGACCGAGCAACGAUCCCAGGAGGACAACGAACAGCAGGCCGAUCUGCUGGGUGCGCAGUUGAUGGUGGGCGGCGACGAGGGAGAUGCGGCAGUCGUUCCCAAACCGUCGGCACCACCGCUUUCCGCACUUACCACGGAACGGGGAUCGAAGGCCGGUGGUGGCAGCAACAACUUAACCGAUCCGAAUGCAGGCGGCGCUGGUAGCGGCGAGGCGAUAAUUAGCGCUCAUCUGAACCGCGAGUGGGUGCUGAAGAAGAUUGCUAUGUGUUUGGAGCAACGGAUCUCGAAGAAACCGGUGCCUCCGGUACCAACGGUCGGGGCAGGAGUUACCCAGUCCAUGGAAGGGGCACCCACACCUUCCGCUUCGUCUGUACCUCCAGCCGGACCGGGAGGAUAUUUUGCCCGAAGCGGCCAAGCGGUGGCAGCUAGCGGAGUGCCACCGACGGAUGGAGGGGGGCAUCAUCGGGGUGGAGAGAAUGGACUGCCUUCGCUCGGUUACCUUGUGCUGGGCUCAAACGGGUCGGGCAAAACGUCGAUUUGUAACGACAUCAUCGAGGGAACGUCAGGCACGAAAGGAAUGCUCAACAGGCGGCUGCUGGCAUGCUACUUUGUCAACUCACAGAAUCCCGAGUGUCACAGCUUGAGUAUGUUCAUUCGGAGCGUGAUUUUGCAAAUUUUAAGCCAUUCAAGCUACGUGAACAGCACAGGCAGCUGUGGCGUUGGUCCACCGGAGCUAAUCAACCUGUCGGAAGUAUCCGUGGAAGCGAACGAACUGCAGCCGGUCAAUACUAGCAACGAUUGUCUGCCGGAAGCGGAUCAGCAACAGCUUAAAGCGGAGCCGGUGCUACCCCAACCGGCAGGUGAAAGCCACGGCUCUAAUCAACCUGCGACAAUGGACGCGACGGACGGUUCGAACGAAGCCGUCGAUAAGGAGUUGGAGGAUGCGAUUAGAACGGAAAUGAAAAUUAACGAGCGAGUGGCCGAAUUCUGCUCCAAUCGCAAGAAAGUAUCGCGCCAGCAAUCGGAACCGGUAGAAAGCUUAAGCCGUGACCGGGAGCAACCGAAUUAUCCGUACAAAACGCAUCCGCCUGCAGUGGCGAAAGCGGGGACCGGCAAUGCAGGAGCGGAAGAGUCGAACGACGAUGAAAAGCUGGACAAAGCGACGAUGAGUCCGGGCAGGCCGGCGAAGGUGUCCAAGAUUCCAAUCGCUAUUGGCAGUACGAUUCGCAGUCCAAAAAAGAUGUCACCAACGAAGGAAGACGGCAGCGGUAAGCAGGAACAGCUGGAGCACCAUCCGGGUACGAAACCGACCCCGGAGGAGGAGGAGCAGGAUGACACUAUCCUCGAGGGUGGUGGAGAAGCGAUUGCCGAAGGCGAUAUGAGUGAUAUUAAGCUGGUGGAGGAUGAAGAAGAGGACGCGGUUGUAAAAUCGGACGUAAGCGAGAAAGCGAAACAGUCAGAACCGAUGGUUACGCCAGAACAACCGGCGGCGCGGAACGAUUCGGAGGAGAAGAAGCAGCACACGAUGCGUACGACGAAGCCGAUGGAGACGAGCAUACCGCCUCCGCUGCCAAAGUCAAAAAACUGUCGCCAGGUAAUAGCGGACGGGUACUAUGAGAUGCUGCUCAGCAAUCCGGACAUUUUUGAAUCGCUCACGGUAGACAGCAUCGAGAAGAAUCCGGACGAUUGCUUCAAGAAGGCGAUACUGUUCCCACUGCUGGAGCUGUGUCCGCCGAAAAACGCGCUGCUGCUGCUGAUUGACUCGAUCGACGAGAACUACAUCCAGGACGGCAAUCUCAUAUCGACGCUGAAGGGCAAGCAGGUGACGAAGAGCCGCAAUAUAGCGGAACUGCUCUCGAACCACAUCCACCUGAUGCCGAAAUGGCUGUUCAUGGUGUGUACGGCUAAAAAGCAGAACAAAAACAUCACCAAACUGUUCACCGGGUUCAAGAAGCUAACGCUGGACGAUCUGCGCAAGUCGCACGUGGUGAAGGACGUGCAGCAGUACAUCAUCAACCGGCUGAACACGGACUUCCGGGGCAUCAAUCUUACCAAAGACAUCAUCGAGAGCCUCAACCAGCUGUACAUCAAGUCGAACGGGUGUCUGCUGUAUCUGUACAAAGUGCUGAACGGGAUAAGGGAAAACUUUUUCACCUUCCGCGAGAUAAAGCUGAUACCGUGCACGCUGAACGGUUUGUACCUGUACAUAUGCCAGAAGUCCUUCAACAAGAAGCAGUACAGCAAGAUCCGCCCGAUCCUGAACGUGCUGCUCGUGUGCAACAGCUACGUGGAUAAGUACUUCAUCUACAAUUGUCUCCGCACGCACAACUACACGCUGGAGAUGGAGGACUUUGAGCGGCGGCUCGAGCUGAUGCGCAACAUCGUGGAGUACAGCCCGCUCAACCCGUGUGCCGUGCGGAUCUUCCACAACUCGUUCUGCGACUGGCUGAUCGAUGUGAAGUUUAGCACGAAAAAGUUUCUGUGCGAUCUGAACGAGGGGCACGUGAUGGUGUCGAUGUACUACACGGUCGUGGCGGACGAGAUCUGUCCGAACAAGCUGCGGCUGUAUCUGUACCAUCUGAUCAAGACGGGCGAGUAUCUGACGAGCAAAAAUGUGGAUCUCGAUCUGCUGCUGAUCCUGCUCGAGACGAAAUCGAACCUGAGCGACUGCUUCUACACCAACCUGCUCAACUGCUGCGCGAUGUGCGAGGACGAGUGCCGGAACGACAUCAAUCUAUCCGCACGCACCAAGUACAUGCUGGAUCGUUUCCUCAACGGUCAGCUGGGCGAUGACUUUAUGAUCUUUUUGAACGAUUUCUUCAAGCCCAACCUGCCGACGGACUGUAAGGUGCUGAAGCUGCUGAUCGAGACGGGCAUCAACAAUGCAGACACCGCGCUGUCGUGCGAGUCAUCCGCGAUCAAUUCACCCGUGCUGUCAGAUCGCUCGCAGAACAUCGAUUCGGAGCUGGCGGAACUGUUGAUCUCGAGCGAGAAGAGCUGCCAGCAGGAGCUGCAAAAGUCCAUCAAUCUGGAGCUGCUGGACUGUACCGGUGCUGUCGGUGGUGGUGGUGGUGGUGGUGGCAUGUUGGAUGGCGCACUGCUAGCCAGGGACGGUGGGGCGGGUCGUGUUUCGGCAGAACUUGCGCGCCAUCGAUACAGUGCAGGACCAUCAAUUACCAGUGGCGGUGUCGGUGGUGGUGAUGGUGGCAGUAGUGCACUGGGCGAUUCAAAAUCGGACAUCCAGAACGAUCGCGUCGGUAGCGGUGUGCAGUGCGACAUGUUUGAGGGCGAGAUGCACAAGGGCAAAGCGCUGAUUCACAUUCUGGCGAACGAAGGAAACCAUACGCUGCUGGAAAGAGCGUUGAAUGCCUGCAAAGAUCCAAUCGAUCUGGAAAUUGAAGAUCUCAACGGACAGACGGCACUCAACAUAGCGGCAAGGAACGGUCAUCAGGAGAUUGUAAAGCUGCUGCUUACCUACAAACAACCGCUGCGCGACGGCACCGGUCGGUAUCGAAUGAUUGACGUGAACCAUGCGGACCGUGACGGCUGGACACCGUUACGGUCCGCUUCCUGGGGUGGUCACACCGAGGUGGUGAAGCUGCUCAUCGAAACGGGUGUGUGUGCAAUUGAUCGGGCGGACAAGGAAGGCCGUACGGCGCUGCGGGCGGCGGCCUGGAGCGGCAACGAGGACAUCGUUAAGAUACUGAUAGAAGCCGGCGCAAACGUGAACUCGAUUGAUAAGCAGGGACGUACGUCACUGAUCGCUGCUUCGUACAUGGGCCACUAUGACAUCGUGGAGAUACUGCUGGAGAACGGGGCGGACGUGAAUCACACGGAUCUGGACGGCAGGAAUGCGCUGUGUGUGGCUGCACUGUGUGGCAGCUCGGGGUACAGUAGGGUAAUCUCGACGCUGCUAGAAUACGGCGCGAAUACGGACCAGACGGACAACGAAGGCAUGUCACCGCUGUUGGUGAGCUCGUUCGAAGGCAAUGCCGAGAUCUGUGAGCUGCUGCUGGAGAACGGAGCCGAUCCGGACAUGGCCGACAACAUGGGCAGGACACCGCUGUGGGCCGCGUGUACCUCGGGCCACGCGAAUGUGGUCAAGCUGCUACUGUUCUGGGGCUGCGGCAUCGAUUGUAUGGAUUCGGAGGGCCGUACGGUGCUGAGCGUAGCGGCGGCACAGGGCAAUCUGGAGACGGUGCGACAGCUGCUGGAUCGAGGCUUGGACGAGACGCAUCGUGACAAUGCAGGCUGGACACCGUUGCACUAUGCGGCCUUCGAAGGGUACGCCGAUAUCUGCGUGCAGCUGCUCGAAUCAGGCGCCAAGAUCGAUGAGUGUGACAAUGAGGGCAAGGCGGCGCUUCAUCUCGCUGCCCAGGAAGGCCACAAUGCCGUGAUGGAGGCAAUCCUGAACAUUCAUCGACCGUGCAUCGACCAGCGCGCGCACGAUGGGAAGACGGCGUUCCGUUUAGCGUGCUUGGAGGAACACUUUGAGUGUAUUCAAACGCUGCUGAAGUUUGGUUGUGAUAUCAACUCGAAGGAUGCCGAUUCGCGUACCACACUGUACAUUCUGGCACUGGAGAACAAGCUGAAGGCGGUCAAGUUCUUGCUGGAAUAUUCGAACGCGGACGUAAACAUUCCGGAUAGCGAGGGACGAACGGCACUGCACGUGUCCGCUUGGCAAGGUCACGCCGAGAUGGUGAAGCUGCUGAUAACACUCGGUAACGCUGAUGUUAAUGCGAUGGAUUUGGAAUCUAGAACACCGUUGCAUUCCUGUGCGUGGCAAGGCAACCACGAAGUGAUGCAGCUUUUGCUGUACUACGGUGCCGUUCCGGAUCAUGCCUGCAAACAGGGCGCAACGGCGCUGGGCAUUUCUGCACAGGAAGGACACGAAAAGUGCGUCAGCUACUUGCUGAAGUACGGUGCCAAUCCGUACAAGUCGGAUCACUGCGGACGAACGCCGAUCAAGCUGGCGGCUAAGUCGAACCGUAACAAUGUGCUACGAAUUCUCGAAAACUUCACCAAAAAUGAUUUGGAUUGUGGCAAGAUGAUGCAUCCCCAUCUGAACUUGAAAUCGCCGGAUGAAUUACCUCCGUGCAGCUCCAUACACAAUCCUUCGCCGUCGUCGGGCUAUCCGAACAAUCCGAACCUGCUGAUGCCGGCCGGUGGCGGUGGUGGUCCGGCGAUGGUUAACGUAUCGUCGACUAACUCCAACACCACCAGCUCUACGACACAGAACAACAAUUUCUACGAAAACACGAUGCACUCGGACACGAGCAGUCUGCAGAAGCGUAAAAGUGUCAUCUCUAGUCAAUCCACCGGUAGCAGUAAUGAGCAAGCGCCGAUGUCGUUUACGCAGCAACUUCAGAAACAUUCGCGCCAUCACAACUCGAAAUCGCAUCACAUCGUACAGCAACAGCACCAACCGCACCAUCAGCAGCAAACGUCUUCGUCCUCGGUGGCGAAGUUUUCGAACAAAAAACAUUCCCAGGUACUGCCGAAUGUCGAGGAGUACCAAGCAAAUAUAGCGUCAAACAUUCGCAUCAAUCCGAACGAUGCCGAUCUGUUCGAUCUGGGAUGUAUGUCGCCACUGUACGCGACGCCACCGCAUUCGCCGAGCAGUGAAAUUAGCUCGCCGGGACAAAAUCAGCCACCGUCGUCGCUGGCCCUGCUCGGCAAGCAGUUUGAAGAGAUGAACAUCAGCCUUUCGAACAACAGUACGAUUAUGAACCCGCACGAUAACCACUUUGCCCGAGAUACGCACAUGCGUAUCAUUCUCGGCAACAAUCAGAAGGAGAGCGGUCAACUACAGGGAGCGAGCGGUGGUGCCGGAGGUGGAGGAAAAUCAUCCAAACGCAGCGGAAUUGCAACCAAUCCGGCGAUGCGUUUGAUACGCAAUCGUAUAGAUUCCGCGGCGCAGCUUAUUCGCCGCACAAACAACAUGCUAUCGAGUAGUGGAAAUAACCAAGGUUCAUCCAGUAUUGGGGUGAAAUCGGGCACGUUCCAGUGGCGCAAAGAGAGCCAGAUGUAAUUGGCUGAACUGGCGCAAGUCAAACAGGGAUGUAAAAUUGACCUACCUACCUAACAGCGUGUGCUGGGGAAGUGUGCAACAGGUGGGCAGCAGUGGGUAGCAGCUACAUUCAGAUCGGAUCCCCCGAAAACGUGGUAAAAACAAAGCAAUGUGUGUUAUUAUAGCAUGUGGUCCACACGUGGCGGUGGAAUGGAAACGGUGUUGUUGCGCGGCGUUGGAAUGUUUAUACAUAUGAUACUCUUUCGUCCUCCCCCCCUGGCACGUAGUAUUUAAGAGUGCGCACCGAAUGUUCAGUGAAAUUUUUAAUUAUUAUAACGAUUCAGACGACCGAUCAUGCAUCUGUGGCUAAGGAUCGUGGCAUGAGCGAGAUGCGCUGUAUCCAAUGUGUGGUGGAGAAUGUGUGACUGGCGGCAGCCUAAGUAGUAGAUUGGAUCAGUAUGUGAUGAUAGUGUGGCAUUUAUUAUUAAACAAAGAGUGUGUUCUGCAUUUACGUACACCCGUAGCAAUGGAGAGCACGCGACACUUAAUGUAAGAGUUUAUCACCGGUUGUAGUAGAGCGGCGAACGCGGGGCGGGAACAUAGCAAGUAGCAUAGGGAAGCAAUGAACAACCCGCAUCAAAGAUUUCGUACUGUGUCGGUCUGACUUGACCGAACUAUUUACUAAACAUCACACGUAGAUGUUAGUCCAGUUGCUCAGCGGGGAAUAUAUUAAAAGUAAUAUCAUAAAUCAUAAAUUAUGAACCGGGCGAAAACGUACACACAUACACACAAACAAACACACAUUGAGCAUCGUUUGAAAACUUUACGACACUGUGUCUUAUCGCUUCUCGGGAUGAUGGAAUAUGGAUAGAACUUUUCCUGGUUUUCUAAGUUAGUUUCUUGCUUCGCAGAGUGCGAUAUUCUUGUACCAGUAUUUUGACUUUUCUUACAUGAGAUCUAUUUUUAUACCAAUUUAAUAAGCCAUGGCAAACAGUAAUGGGUGGUGUGCGUAUUGCGUUUUGGACUGAUUACAUUUGGGUAGUAGUUACAAAGUAUGUACAAUGUACGCUCGUUUUAAGUAGCAUACUAUUUUCAUACCAAUUUUUGUGUCGCGCUUAUCGGUUUAGCUUAGCCCCAACCCGUAGUAGGAAAUUAUUUAGUACCAGCCGCCAUGACAAUCUAUUUUUGUACCUUUUAUACACCUAUUGUCCAAUUUAGUGGGUUGUGUUUUGCCAUUUCCAGCUUUUU